UAGUCUUCUCCCAUUUUACGAACCCAUUCCUUCCAAUCUUUGCAAAUCAUCAAAAUGAACUUCGCCAGCAUCCUGAUCGGCGUCAUUUCUCUUUUCACCUUCACUUCCGCCGGACCAGUAAAUGUGUCUCGAUGUGAAGGUUUUGGAACACCGAUUGAGACCAGAAUUUCUGACUGUGACGGGUUCUGCCACUCAAUCGCUCACCCUUAAGGUUGAAAUUUGCAUGAGUCCUGGAUUCUGUAUGCAAAUUUUCGAAGUGGAGCUUCCCGGUUCAGUCGUCCAGCCUGGAUUCGUCUACACGGCGAAAUACUCCGUUGUACCAAAUGACAUUUUGGCCGGCAAAACGGUCCAGAUGAGGGCCCAAAUCUCCCAUACCGAUACUCGCCGUGUCGACGUUUGUAUAUAUUGUGAUGUUGAUAUUGCACCAUUGAAAUAAAAAAAAAGUUAAA